UUGGAGUGCAGCGAAGAAGAUGUCUGGACCGAGGAAGACCUGGACGCCAACUGCAGGAGGGACAACGGCACCGACAUCUGCAGCAACAACGGCGACUGCGUCUGCGGCACCUGCCAGUGCAAAAAGCGCGACAACCCCUCGGAGGGUUACAGCGGAAAGUACUGCGAGUGCGACAACUUCAACUGCGACCGCUCCAACAACAAGCUGUGCGGAGGCCACGGGCGGUGCGAGUGCAGGAAGUGCGUGUGCGACCCCGACUACACGGGCAGCGCCUGCGACUGCUCCCUGGACAACUCCACCUGCCUGGCCAAGAACGGCCAGAUCUGCAACGGCCGCGGGACCUGCGAGUGCGGCUCCUGCAAGUGCACCGACUCCAAGUUCCAGGGACCGACAUGUGAGCUCUGCCCCACCUGUCCCGGAGUCUGCACCGAGCACAAGGACUGCGUUCAGUGCCGGGCGUUCCAGGCCGGAGACAAGAAGGACGAGUGUGAGCGGCAGUGCAGCUACUUCAAGCUGAUCAAGGUGUCCGAACGCGACAUGCUGCCCCAGCCCACGGACCAGAGCUACCCCCUCUCCCACUGCAAAGAGAGGGACGCCAACGACUGCUGGUUCUACUUCACCUACGCCAUCAGGAACGAGACCAAGGAGGUGGUGGUGGUGGAGAAGCUGGAGUGUCCGAGGGGCUGA